CCACUACGCAGUGCUUGCUUGAAAGAUCCAACGUCUACCCAUCUGUCUACCCAUACAGUUCCGCAGCAGACAGACAGCCAGGCAGCUGCCACAUGAGAAAGGUACACAGUACACAGCACACACCACACCACACCACACCUAGCAGCAGCCCUCACGACUUUAGUGCCCUUAUCUAUCUCUUGGCCCUGGUGCCCUUUCCCCUCCGCGCGCCCUCCGCCCUGUCCUGCCGCGCCUUCUUGUUGAGCAGUCUGAUCAGCUCGAUUGCAUCAGGAGAGCUUGCGGCAGGGAAUGACACAGCCGGUGCUGCUGCUGCUGCUGCUGCAGUGGGUGGCCCCGUCCGCAGCAUGGACGCCGAGGCACUCACGUCGCCGGCUGCCGAAGAUGAUGCUGCCGAGUCCCCCGCCCCGUUGCACUCAGCUGCUUCCGUACUGGCGAUGGCGGCUGUCGUCAUGAUCUGCUCCGGCGCCACGAACAGCGAGUCCCUCCCCUGGUGGAGAGGGAUCAGCUGCCGUGAGCAGUAUGGAAUAGUAUUAUGGCCGGGACCCGGUGUGUGCAGAUCGCCAUAGCCGCGCUUGCGUGACGAGUUGCUGGCAGCCCGUGUGGGCUGCUUGCUGCUGCUGCUAUCGACGGCGGAAUUGUCCUCCUCGACAGGCUGUGUCACGACCUGGGCAGCGGCAGUGACCUGGGAGAGGAGAAGAUCGGCGGCAUCCGGGUGACACAAACACAGCUGCUGGAUCCCUGUAGGCAAACAAACACAGCAAAGCAUGCGUUCCGUGCAGUGCACGCAGCGCAGUGCACGUCUUGUGGCGGGUGACCUUGAAGCAGCUGAUCGUGGGAGAAUGAUCUGAAGGAUGCCAUGCGAGAGGCAACGAACGGCCCACGAACGGGAUCCAUUGACGAAUGCCCCGACGC